UGUACGUAUUAUUAUUUUUCAGAAAAAAAUCAUGGCAUUUUUGGUAUUCCUAACGUUUGCCUGUUUGAUUCUUUCAACACCAGCUGACCACUGUCACGAAAGCCAACACUGUUCAAACUGUGAUCCGGCAUCAGGAAACUGCAUCACGGAAUGCGAAACUGGAUAUUACGAUCUAAAAUGCAGGUCUGAUUGCAGCAAGAAUUGCAAAGAGAAGAAAUGCAAAUUAUCAGAAAAUACUGGCAUUGGUAAUUGCACAGAAGGUUGUGAACCAGGGUAUCACGGUGUAAACUGCAAACUAAUUUGUUCAGUUCCAACACAAAACUGCUCCAAAUGUCCGGGUGGAUGUGACGGGGAAUACUGUCAAGAUUCCUACUACGGCUCAGCUUGCAAGGAUUGUUCCAAGAGAUGUCAAUCGUGCAAUAGAAUAACAGGAACAUGUGACCAGUGCCAUUCACAUUAUCAUGGCAAAAACUGUGAGUACUCGUGUAAUUACUGUUCGGGAUCAUGUGUCGGUGAAUGUGCACGAGUAUGUGCUCCUGGAUUAUACGGGAUUGAAUGUGCUGAAAUGUGCAGUGAAAACUGUCUUCCUAACCCAGUGUUCUAUUCUGAGCGCCAGUGUGUGGAAGAAAAUGGAAACAUUACAAACGAGUGUACACCAGAAUGCCACAACGAGAGUGGUCACUGCAUUCAUGGAUGUGUGGCUGGAUGGUAUGGCCCAACGUGUGAAUUUCAGUGUAACCUCAACUGUUUUAACAAACAAUGUGACAACACAAGUGCGUGUGACGAAGGUUGUACAGCGGGUCAUUUUGGAAAGGACUGCAAACCAUGUUCUUACAUCUGCGCUAGUUACACUUGCAAAUCAAACAACGGGUCUUGUUUACACAACUGCAGCAGUGAGGUGUAUGGACAAUUUUGUAAUCUCACCAGUAAGACAUGCAUUGAUGAUGUGUGUGCUCAGAUUACUGACAAUUGUAUCAAGGAAUGCACCAUCACUGAGGAAAGAUGUAAGCGUAAUUGUUCAGAAGACAUUCCAACAACCGAGUGCAGCGACGAAUCUUGUGUCACAGGUAAAUCGGCGAGUGGCAUAAACCUGUAUGCAGUAUCACUGAUAGCAGCACUGUUUGUGGCAGUGGCAGGAUGUUGCAUCUGUUACCGCAGGGGUCUCACUACGACGAGGAAUAAUCAGCAGGGUGAGAGUGAACAUGGAGCAGAAACACCACAAGAAGAAAGAGGAGAGUACGAGGCCUUACAUCGGUAUUGGAAAAUUAGAGAAACAGACAUGGACAUGGAGUCUGAGACAUCAAACAGCCAAGAAAUCGGGCAAGAUAUGGCCGCCGCCUUUCCUGUUUUAGCGGGUUGUUCUUUCCAAACAAGAGGCACUGGUGUUGCUGACGGAGAUGCAAACACAACAGGAACUUCUUCUGGAGCAACAGAAACGCACACAGCUAUAGAUGCACGAUAUAUAUCGCCAGUUGCUGAUGAUUAGAUUUUAACCUGAUUGUAGUGAAUCGGUGAGUUAGUAUAGUCGUACGCUGAUCUUAGCAAUAUCUAAGAAAUAUCAGGCGGGGACACUAGUAAUGGGUUUCAAAAUUUUACACAAGUGGGGAAUCGACCCACCGUGACGAGUGGGCGCUUUAACCAUUAGUUUACACCGACCGCCCCUAACCUUAUUGUAAGCAGUAAUAAGAUCAAUAGAAUGUAUGAUAUUGGACCCUUAUUCGUCCCUGAAUUUACAUGUCAAUUGUUAAAGGUGUUUGUAUCAUUUUGAUCAGGACCAUAUAGCUUCGUUCGUGAGGAUUGCCAGACUUGAAAUCUAACUACAUUUAGGACGUUGUUAUUCCUUUGUAAUCGUUUUAAUGUUUAUACAUUUGUCCAUAUAGCAUCAUGCUGUCAAAGUUAUAUCAUCAUCAAUAAAUAUUUGUAAAUGAGCACAUUUGGAACAUCACACGGUGCUUUGGGGGAACUGCAGGGGUCACGUUUGGAGAAUAUCACCGGGUAACAAAAAAGGCCCUUCAUCAUCUUGUGGUCGUAGGACCAUCCAUGUUCAUCGCUGACCGCCAGUUAGCACAGCUCGGCAUCGUGACAAUCAGUUGGGCAUAGAGAUAUUGCUGUCCAUAGAUUUUAUUCUCGAACUGUUUCAUCGCAUGAUAUUAUGCAUUGUCAUCAAUUGGGUUAUCUGGCAUGGGCAGGCAACGUUAUUCAUGCAUUGAAGAUGAUUUACAAAGUCUGGUUUCUACGCAGUUGAGAGGGUAUGUAGUACAAUGCAGAUAUUGUCUUGCAUUUGUGGUCAUUUUUGCCUCCAUAAGAAUUGUACAUAUCUUAUUUGUACAUUGAUUAUUGGUAAACUCUGUCAAAAAAGAAACGCAACCCCUGCCAUCAGAUAUUAAAAAUUCGUUUGAAUAAAGUUAUUGCUUCCAAACUAAAUCUUAUUCAAAUGUAUUGAAAUUAUACACGUAUUUUAU